GUUAUCAGCGGGCUUUUCCUUCGUUACUCCUGCUUUCGCUAUCACCCAACGCCCAACAACCAACGGACAUGCACUCGGCCGCAGGGGGGACGAAGAUGGUGCGGACGUCGUCGAUGUACAGCGCGGACGACCCGCUCGGGCAGUGCCUGCGCCCGCCGGAGACGGAGACGGAGGACGAGCGCCGGGCGCGGCUCGAGCGCGAGUACGAGGCCCGCCGGGUGUCGGACGGGAUCGACGAGCAGCUGAAGAACGAGCGGAAGAAGUGGGAGAAGCAGCGUCGGCAGGAGGUCAAGCUCCUCCUCCUCGGCCAAGCGGAAUCAGCCCCGGUCCUCGCUCAUCAAGCGGCUCAACUCGCCCCCUCCCCCUCCCGCCUCCUCGUCCUCCCCCACCGGCGCGGCGGCCCCCACGAACCCCGCACGCCGGGCCAACACGAGCUCGCCGCGCUCCGCCUGCGCCUCUCGCCCCUCACCGGCUCGGAACGCGCGCUCGCGGACCGGCUCAACGAGGGCGUCGCGCUCCGGUCCGGGUCCGGCGUCUACGCCCGCCAGGGAUGGCAGGCCCGCGUCGCGCGCUCCCUCUCCUCCGCCUCCUCCUCUCGCGACGACGACGGCGCGGCGGCGAAGCGGCAGCAGCACCAGCAGGACGAAGACCGGGCGGUGGCCGAGAUCGCGCGCGUGCUCGAGGCGAGCGUGGACGACGUCGUCAAGCUGUGGGAGCACCCGACCGUGCUCGCGCUGAUGAAGCGCCGGCGGCUCCGGCUCGACGAAUGGAGCGAGUUCUUUCUCAAGAACAUACGCCGGAUCGCGAAGGCGUCGUACGUGCCGACGACGGACGACAUCCUCCGCGCGCGCAUACAGACGAUGGGCGUCGCCGAGCACGUCUUCGACGUCGUCUUACCCGGCCAGUCCCCCUUCGCCUGGCGCAUUUACGACGUCGGCGGCGCGCGCGGGCAGCGGCACACCUGGGUGCCCUACUUCGACGACGCGAAAGCCAUCAUCUUCCUCGCGCCCAUCAGCGCCUUCGAUCAGUUCCUGGAGGAAGACUCGAAGACGAACCGGAUCGACGACUCGCUCCAGCUCUUCACCCAGAUCUGCGCCAACCCGCUCUUGGCCAACGUCCACCUCGUCCUCUUCCUCAACAAGACCGACGUCCUCCGCGCCAAGCUCGAGAGCGGCCUUCGCCUCCAGAAAUACGUGACGUCCUUCGGUGACAAGACGAACGACUACGAGACCGUCUCCCGCUACUUCGUCACCCACUUCACGCUCGUCCACAAGCGGAACAGCGUGCACUCCAAGUCGCGCGUGCUCUACACGCACCUCACCAACGUCGUCGACACGCAAGCGACUCAAAGCAUCAUCGCCAACGGUCCAGAAGUGGUUUCGGAGGUUCGAUGGAGCGCCGGCGGUGUACGCGUGUCUCCGAGGUGCCGUUGGAGAAGAACGAUGGGUGGAGGCUCUGUAUCGAUGAAAGAAGAACGCGAUAGUGUGGUGGAGAUUAUCGGAAAGAUGAUGCAUGAAUGA